AUGUCGCUAUCAGCAGCUAUCGACCAGGAGGCCAAGGAGCUGCGGAGGGACUUUGAGCAGAACAACACGCGCAAGAAGUCGUCCUUGCCCCCUCUCCCUGCUCCAGCCCCCACCACGCCCAUCACGCCUACGAGCCCCGUCUUGCCUUAUAGGAGUAUGGCUCCCACACCCGCCACGCGCCACAAGCCGGCAUUCCCUGGUGAUCUCGGUCCCGGUGACCCACGACGCAGCUCCAGACUGCCAGGCGACCUUGGUCCAGGAGAUCCCAGACGCAGCAGCAACAGACCCCCCAAUUCAGACGGCACUCGCUCAGCAGCACGCAGUCUGAGUCCCACUCGCAGCAGCAUCAUCAAUCUACACCCAAACGACAAGUCCCCCUCGCAGCGCAGACUAUCAGACGCCGGCUCCAUUCGUCCCCAGCUCGGGAACGGAGGCGUGCGCUUGCAAAAGGACUACGACAAUGAGUCGGCCAGCAGCGACGAAGAAAGCAGCGAUGAACAAGACACCGACCACGAGUCCUCGCGAGGCAGAGGCCGUGCUAGAGUGGGCAAUGCUGUUGGUGCCGCGCAAGAUAGCGACGAUGAUGAACCCUCACCUCCUCUGAAUGCUGAUCCCACCAUCACCGUUACUCCGCCCUCGACAGACCAACCCUCCUCAUCCUCGUCCUACUCCUCCAGAAAGCCCGACGUCCACCCCAGCACCGCCUUCGACUUUGCUGCAUCGUCAACCUCGACCCCUGUACAUUCAGACGACGAAGAACAUCUUUCAGAUCUGCGCCGUGCCCAACGCCUCUCGCUCAACAUCUCUCCCAUCCACAGCACUCCCUCUGCACAUCGUGUCAUCCGCCAGAUCAUCCGUGGCGACUACCUCUACUUUCAGCGCCAGGCUGAAGAAGGCCGUAGGAGGCAAAGAGUUUACCUUGUUGCUACCGAUCUAUCUUCCGAAGCCGAGUAUGCUCUCGAGUGGACUAUCGGUACUGUUUUGCGUGACGGCGAUACUCUGUUGGCGGUAUAUGCAGUCGACGAGGAAGCCGGCACCGGCGGUGUUUCCGAGGGUGUUGAGAUUGGACACGGUGCCGACGUCGUCAAGGACACAGCUACUAUCGUGCGCUCCAUGACUGCAGAGAGUAUGACUCCUGCAACCCUGCCGCGAGAUAGCAGCACCGCAAGAAUGGCGUUCACCGAGAGAAAGGACAUGUCCAAGGCCGAGCAGGACCGUUUCCGCGCCGCUGAGGAUAUCAGUCAGCGUUGUGUUAAGUUGCUUCGCAAGACUAGGCUUCAGGUUCGUGUUGUGGUAGAGGUCUUUCACUGCAAGAGUCCUAGACAUAUGAUCACCGAGGUGGUGAGUACAAACUGGUGUAUAGUCUCCUCACACCAUGCUGACUUUAGCACANNGAUCGACUUCCUGUCUCCCACUCUUACUAUCCUCGGAUCAAGAGGCCGCUCCCAAUUGAAAGGUGUCCUGCUCGGUUCCUUCAGCAACUACCUGGUGACCAAGUCCAGCGUGCCAGUCAUGGUGGCCAGAAAACGGUUCGUCGACCAAAACGCAAAAACACAUUUCCAGGACAACCAAACUGAUUCUCUUGCCAGACUUAGGAAACACUCCAAGCAACGCCUACACAAGGAUGGACUCCCAGUCUCCCAAGCCGGUGACGGAAGAAUGCGCUAUAUCAGAAUGUCUAAUGUCCUGGAAGCACCCGGUACAAAGCCUAGAGCUAGAGGCCUGGCUGGAGCCAAGAUUGAUUGA